CCAGAAAUCAUCUUCUUGCUUUCGAAACUCUUGUUUUUUCGUUCAAAAUGGAUGGUGGGCUUUCGCGAAGCAACUCGUUCACUGAUUCUGCAUCAACUAGCAGCUUUCUUGGAAAAAAAUAUGUUUGCAGGUGCGGUUUGGAUGCUGUUUUGAGAACGUCACUGACUUACCAAAACAUGGGAAGAAGAUUUUGGGGAUGCCCUAAAUUCGAGGUUGGGAAGGUUGGGAAGGCUGGGAAUGCAUGCGAUUUCUUCCACUUUCUUGAUGGUGAUGAGGUGAUUGAGGGAAGAGCCAGGGAUCUCCUGCUACGACUUAAAGAUAAGCAAAUUAGGCUUGAGAAAGAGAUUCAAAGUUACAAGGAAGAAAACGAAAAUCUUAUGGCUGAAAAGGCGAAACUGUUGCAGGAAAAUGCAGACUUGAUGUCCGAAAAUGGGAAAUUCUUGCAAGAAAAUGGUGACUUGAAGGUCCAAUGUGAGGCAUUCGUUAAGAAUAUCAAAGGCUUGGAGAAGAAAGUGAAGAGGAGUGAGAAGAUAUGUGUCAGAGCACUUAUAAGUUGUCAAAUAUUUUGUGUGGUUUGCAUUGUCUGUCUUCUUGUGUCUGUGUUUAUUGGGUUGCAUAGAUUGCAUUAACAUUGUUGGGAAAACUGGGAAAAUGACAGCAUGGGACUACUGUCUUUUGUGCAUUAUUUGCCUUUUUGCCUUUUUAUGUAAAAGGAAUGUAAUUCGUUCCCUAUAUAAAUGGCACAUGGUCUA